GCACAUAAAGUGAGAGGCUUGCAGCUUAGCGCUCAAAGUUAUUCUACUAGUUUACCUUCUCCGUGGGUAAAAAAUUUGGUGGCGUAUCGACUAAUACAAGACAUUAUGGCUUCAGUUCUUGUGAUGGAAAGAUGUGACCUUGAAUGUGAGACGAACAACAAGAGGCACAGAACGUCGGACUUUGGAAUCCACUGCCUAGUAGUGAGGAGGGGGCAAGCCUUCAGGAUUACUGUUUACUACAAGGGCAGAGGAUUUCAGCAACAUACAGACACGUUAACAUUUACAGCACAGACAGGACCAUGUCCAAAUGAGGUGUCUGGAACCAAAAGCCAGUUCCCGCUGACAAAUUCACUCAAUGAAGAAGCAUGGAGUGCCGCUGUGGAGCAGAAUGAUAACAGUGCCCUCACCUUGAAGAUCUGCUCACCUCCUGAUGCUAGGAUUGGUCGAUACACCUUAAAUAUGGAAGCCACUACUGCUGGUAAAGGUGUCAGCAUCCCUCUUGGACAGUUCAUCUUGCUCUUUAACCCUUGGUGUUCAGGUGAUUCUGUGUUCAUGGAUGAUGAAGCCAAGUUGAGGGAAUAUGUAUUAACACAAGAUGGGCUAAUUUAUACUGGAACGGAUAAACGCAUCAAUUCAAUGCCCUGGAAUUUUGGACAGUUUGAAAGUGGGAUUUUAGAUAUCUGCCUGGACUUACUAGAUAAAAGCAAAACAUUCCAAAACGAUAAAGAUAAGGACUGCUCUCGUCGAAAUAAUCCUGUUUACAUCAGCAGAAUAGUGAGUGCCAUGGUCAACUGCAAUGAUGACGAUGGGAUUCUCAUGGGUCGGUGGGAUAAUAACUACGGUGAUGGAAUAAGCCCACUGCAGUGGAUGGGAAGUGUUAAAAUUCUCAGAAACUGGCAAAAUCAGUCCUGCCAACCAGUUAGAUAUGGGCAGUGCUGGGUUUUUGGAGCUGUGGCCUGCACAGUUUUGAGGUGUUUAGGGAUUCCUACUCGUGUAGUGACAAACUUCAGUUCUGCUCAUGACACAAACGGUAAUCUGAUAAUUGAACGCUACCUAGAUGAAACAGGAAAAGAGAUAAAGAAGUCCAAAGAUUCAAUAUGGAAUUUUCAUGUUUGGGAUGAGUGUUGGAUGGCUCGCCCUGAUCUAGGCAAGGGCUAUGAUGGCUGGCAGGCGGUAGAUCCAACACCCCAAGAGAGGAGUGAAGGAGUUUAUUGCUGCGGUCCUGCACCAGUACAGGCUAUCCGAGAGGGUGACAUUAAAGUGAAGUAUGACCUUCCUUUUGUCUUUGCUGAAGUGAAUGCAGAUGUAAUUUACUGGAUGCAACGCAGAGAUGGCAAAGAUGAAAAAGUUGUUCAUUCUUCUGUUAUUGGCAAAAGUAUCAGUACUAAGAGUGUGGGUAGUGAUGCCAGGGAGGACAUUACUUAUCACUACAAGUACCCAGAAGGUUCAGAGGAAGAAAGACGUGUAUUUGAAAAAGCCGAUCUCCAAAACAAGUUGGCCCAGAAGCCUGUAACUGACCUUGAAGUAAAGAUUAAAGUGGUGGAAGCCAUGAAAUAUGGAUGUGACUUCAAUGUUUCAGCAGUCAUUGUUAACAAGACUUCAUCUGAUCGAGUGUGCAGGCUGAUGUUCUGUGCCCGAACAAUCAGCUAUAAUGGCGAAAUAGGGAAUGAGUGUGGAAUGAAAGAUCUGCUCAAUCUUGAAAUCCCAGCUAAUCAAGAAAAGUCGGUACCCCUUCGUGUUCUCUACAACAAGUACUGUACUACCAUGACGGAAGACAACCUGAUUAAACUGAUGGCUAUUCUGUUCGAGUACAAGAGCAAAGAUAUUAUGUUGGCCACAAGAAGCAUAGUUAUCGACAAUCCAGAUAUCAAAAUCAAGAUCUUGGGAGAACCUGGACAAUUCAAAAAGGUGGGGGCUGAGGUGACCCUGAAGAAUCCUCUACCAGUACCAUUAACAAACUGUUCGUUCACCAUUGAAGGAGCAGGCCUCACUGAAGGACAGGUUUGUGAAAAUAUCAGAGAUGUUGACAAAAAUCAGGAAGCCAAGGCUAAGCUUUACUUCACUCCAAAGCAGUCUGGGAUGAGGAAGCUGGUAGUAGAAUUUAACAGCAACAAACUGCAGAAUGUGAAAGGAUACAGGAAUGUGAUCAUUGCUCCUGUUCGAAGAUGAGUCUGUUACCAAGAGCCAAACUAGAAGAGAUCCGUACCUCGAAUAUGUACUUCUGUCAUCAGAUCUGUUUACCACUGGGCAAAUGCAUCUUGAGAAGAAAAUGUAUUAGGAUUGAAUGUCUUGAUAAUUAUGAUAUCUGCUUAUAAAGAGAAAGAUUGAUUGACACUAAAGUUUAUCAGAUAGUGAAGGUCCGGAAUUUGCUUUUUUAAGUUAGUUUUAGUACACAUUAAAGCUACUUUUUCUUGUAAACAGUUUUUACUUCCUUGUUAAUGUUUCAGAUGCCACCACUGUCAUAGCAAUUCAGUAUAGCUUUCCAUGGACUUUUGUCCAGUUUUGCUUGUGCUCAGCUAAGUGCAGAAAGAGAUUGUAGGAAUAAUCUGUCUUCUGUAAAGAACAUACUGCUUUGAAUGCUAGACUGCAGUAGUUUGGACUGCCAGCCUUGUGAAGAACUGCACUUUAUCUUUGUUUUUUUGCUGCUGAUUUUCAUGCUGGAGUACUGUGGGACACAGGGGUAUCCAGGCAGAUAUAGCACAAUGUUUUUCUUCCUCUCCACUUGUGCACUUUAGAUUAUUUGGCACCCUCACUGGUUUUCCAUUACUCUGUUCAUUCAUUCUCACAUGUAAUGCUUAUUAAAAGGUAGAGAACUUUCUUAUCUGGAUGAUGUCUGUCCUGAUCACAGCAUUCUCUAGGCAAAAUAUUUUUGUCCCAUGUCCUGUGCUUUCCUACACAACUGAGCAUGACUGACAUACAGAAAUAUAGAGCCUGGGAAACAUACAUGUUCACACAUAUGCCGACUCCAAAUCUUGUUGCUACCAUCUUGUUUACUCCUAUACAGUCUGUGCCCCCAGCCUCUGCUAGGAAAGAAAAAGUGGCAGAAAAAUGUUCUUAUGCCCCCUACCCUGGAGAUAAAUGAGUGAGACUGAUUACCUGGCCUGCUCCCUGUCAUGCCAGUCCUCUGACACAAGGGAUGCAGGUCAGACAAAGGCCAAAACCCUAAACAGAGCUCUGCCACUGUAGCAGUGUAAUGAAGCCUCUGGGUUAGCACUGUCACUAGCCACAAUGCAACUAGUGUACCAGCUCUACUGAGCAGUUUUAUUCUAUAGUUCAUAGGUAGGUCAAGAUUUUUUUUUUUUUUAAUCUUAAGUAUUUCUACAGGUGCCAGUACUAAAGCUGCUGUAAGUCUAACUAUGUUGACAAAGUAAUAAUUUAGUCAUAACUGUAAUUGGUGACUUUUUAAACACUACAUCCUCUGUUUGUAAAGAGUAAAUUGUGCAAUGAAUGCAUAUUCAAAUAAAUAUUUAUGCACAGA